ACCUCUCGAUCGCAGGCCACACAGAAGCUUCCGCCUCCUUCCUGGCCCCCCUCCGGACCUCCCCGGGGAGGCUCGGCGGGUGUGGACCGGACUGAGGUGGAACGAGUUCUGUAGCUCAGACGGCAGCCCCGGUGGUUUCGGGUGUGAGGGCAGGCCCAGCUGGAGAAGCCGAUCAGGGCGGACUAAGCCGGCGCUCCCGGGUCUGGGUGGAUCCUGGUCGGAGCGUAACUCUUGGUAGGGAGCCCCGGAAGCCACCCGCUGAAAAAGAUGCCUGGCUUCAACAGAUUGUUUCCCCUGGCUUCCCUCCUGCUCAUUUUGUGGGCUGGCGUCUGCUUCCCUGUGUGUGUGGAAGUGCCCUCGGAGACGGAGGCCGUUCAGGGCAAUCCCAUGAAGCUGCGCUGCAUCUCCUGCAUGAAGAGGGAGGACGUGGAGGCCACCACGGUGGUGGAAUGGUUCUACAGGCCCGAGGGCGGUAAAGAUUUCCUUAUCUAUGAGUAUCGGAACGGCCACCAGGAGGUGGAGAGCCCCUUCCAGGGACGCCUGCAGUGGAACGGGAGCAAAGACUUGCAGGACGUGUCCAUCACUGUGCUCAAUGUCACCCUGAACGACUCCGGCCUCUACACCUGCAACGUGUCCCGGGAGUUUGAGUUUGAGACACAUCGCCCCUUCGUGAAGACCACCCGGCUGAUCCCCCUCCGUGUCACCGAGGAGGCUGGAGAGGACUUCACCUCUGUGGUCUCAGAAAUCAUGAUGUACAUCCUCCUGGUCUUCCUCACUCUGUGGCUGCUCAUCGAGAUGAUAUAUUGCUACAGGAAGGUCUCAAAGGCCGAAGAGGCAGCCCAAGAAAAUGCGUCUGACUACCUGGCUAUCCCAUCGGAGAACAAAGAGAACUCUGCGGUACCAGUGGAGGAAUAGAAGGGGGCAACUGGAGGUGGCCUGAACACUGAAGCGCUGGCUAUCCCAUGUUCAGUGAUGUCAACAGCGUCAGGAGGGUGUCCCAGGGGCCACAUCACUUCCCUUCACGCGUCCAUCCUUCAGUUCAUUCAUCAUACAUCCACUCACCUCUGAACUGUCACCUCUGACUUGCUAACUCCAUCAGACCUCCACACACCACAAGACUUUGCCAGAACCGAGGAGCCAACAUUUCUACACGACUCAACCUCAGCCUGCCCUUGCUUUCAAGCAAGCAGCUCCCAUGCCAACUGGACCCCUCCCCUGUGCUCCACCCGACUUUGAACACAUGCUGGAGUCGGCAGAUCCACGGGCCCCUUUCUUGCUGGAGCCGGCUCAUUCUCCAUUGCCGCAAGUGAAUGGAGGUCUUAACGGAAGGAAGCUGGAGUGAUUAGUUUGGGUUAAGGCAAAAGAGUGUCAUGAAGUAGGAUUCCUUGAAGUCAGUUUUUCUAAGUUCCUGGCCCACUUGGCUGGAGCAUCAGAGCAAAGCAUGCCUUUCUAGGCCCUCCAGUGAUAGAAAGUUCAUUAAGCAUGGACGAAAAGGUUCUCUGGAUUAUGGUGCUCCAGGGCUAGAUCCCAAGAGGUCUCAAAGGCCUGGGUUAGUGUCAGUCCUUCAAGAAGCCGAGGGCAGGGGACUUGGGAAGUCAUACAACAUGUUCAUGAUGCUCCUGGGGCAACGUGUGUGUGCCUUGCCAGGGGAGCACACCACCGGAGAUGGCUGGGUGCCAUUGUUUUCCUGUGGGCACUGGGACUGAAAUUCCCAAGUUCUUCCUCUCAAAAUUUCUGUGGGUCAGUAGUAUUACUCAUACAGGAGGCAACGGAGACUCAGACAGGACUCCACUGAUAAGAGACUUCAAAGGAUAAACUGGAGCAGAUAGAAGCCUAAGGCGCUGUCCAGUUUACACUUCCCGAGAUGGGAUAAUUUUGUUCUUGAAAAGACUUCGAAAUUGAGUUUGGCCAUGGCACAGAACUGAGUGGAUUGCCUGGCUGAGGUUAGCUCUGAUUCAGUUCAUUAGAAAUUGGCCAAAAAGGCAGAGAGAAGGAUGGGAGGUAGAUUUGAAGAAUUUCUUUAGUGAAAAGAUUUGUGAAUCUGAGACGUCUUCCAGAAGGGGAACGCAUCUGGGAAUGGCAUUUAACUAAGAAACAUGUUUUUAGUCUGAGAUAGAUGAUGGCAAAUGAGUGACGUGAUAGAGGAGGGACAGGCUAGGUGGCUUCCAAAUAUUUCACCUGUGAAUUCAUAAUGUCCAGGUUUCUGUUUGUUUUUGUUUUUCUCCCUAGAUGUUAGGAGAGCAGAUGAACACUGGAAACAUUUUAGUCAGUAUCUCAUGUUUCACUUUGAGGAACUGGUGUAAGUGUGGUGUCCUUCCGCACCUCGUGAUGAGAGGGGGAAGGAUGCUUUACGGGAUGUGAGAAGAUGAACGGGACUGGGAUUCGAAGAACAAGAUGUCCCUCAGAUCCAGGGGAAUCUAUGGGGAAAGAUCCCACUCUCUUGGCUUCGGGCCUCACCUGACAAACUCAGUUCAUCUCUGCCAUCCCUGGGAAAGCACUUGAAUUAGUCCUUGUUCACAUAUUCGAGAGUCUGAUUUUAUUGAAGAAAAUACUUUCAAUAAAUUCAAGGCCGUUCUCAUUGGUAAUUUCCCACACAAUCUCUCUGAAAUAGGGGACAGAAUAUAGAUUUUCCUUACUUUCCUGUGAGGAAAACAGGCCUGGAUUACUGUGAGGUUUUCCCAGUCACGUGGCUGGUGGAUGACAAGCCUGCCGCAGAAACUACUUUCUACCACUCCACUGCCCUCUUGCUUCAGUAGACCACGCAUCUAACUUGUGAUCUAGAAUGCACGUUUGCUUUUUUUUUUUUCCUUUUUAAAAGCCCAACUCAUAUUUCCUGAGUGAUUUUUAAUGAAGCUGAAUGGUACCUCUCUUUUCUUCUUAUCCUUUACAGGUAAUCUUCUCUAGUCGUUUUCCUCCUCCUAACUUCUCAACUCUUCUCAUCUUUAAUGCUUUCUUUAUUAAGCUCUAUGAUUUACCAAGCAUUUUAAUUAUCUUAUUUCUUCUCCACAACUAGCUCUGUGAGGUGGAUAUUGCUAAUAUGUUAACAAAGGAAGAAACACACUGCCUGAGGCUAAGAAGCUUUACCAAACCAUAAGCUCAUAUAGUUGGUAAAUGGAGAGCUGGAAUUCAGGUCUUCUGAGCCCUAGCCCAGCUCUCUUUCCACUGAGACCAUAGCUGCUUCCUUUCCUCUCACUUUUUUUUUUUACUUCCAUCUAAUCUUUGCCUCUCUUGCUUGUCCUGAGAUGUUAAACAUCUUCGCUCACCCCUAAUCCCACUCGAUUGCUCCUCUACCACUUUGCUUCUUGGUCCGUGCUGAAAAUGUGCUUUCAGAGUCUUAAUCUCAUGUUCGUUUCCCCUUUCUCGUUGGUUUGUACCUCAUUAUUUCUCCUGAAUUGCAAUUAAACUCCUUCCUGGGAGACUUGAUCAUGACUAUAAAUCCACAAGGUACUGUGGUCACCAGCCCACUUCAGAUCCUCACUCACUCCCCGUUCCUCCGCAUAUUCCUACCAAGGACCCAGAUAAACGUGCACUGCUCCGGAAGCUUUAUCUGGCAUGCUGUUCUUAUUAAAGGGCUUAGAAAUGUUCUCAAGGGCUAUCAUCACUCUAGGAACCCCACCUGUUGUCUUGGUGCUGGAUAUUUCCCCUGACUGAUGCUUAAUAAUACAAUUCACUCAAGGCCAGCUCGGCUGGGUCUGGUUUUCCCUUCCCUUGGGCUUAACAGCCAUGACCUUCAUUGCUCGUCUGCUGGCCCUGUGAGCACCUUGCCCUACUGACCUUUGCCAUCAGCUCAGCCCUGCAUCGCAGCCCCAACGCCUGUGUGGAAAUACCUUGACGGUCAGCACCUGUCCCGACACUAGCCUUUAUUUUCAGGCCAUCUAAAAGCACUGUCCUUUAGAGUCACCACCCCCAAACACCCACACACCCGGAUCUCUGAUUCUCUAAGUUUCCAGUUUCUCCUUAGAUGCCGAACUAGAAAUGUUAGUAGGAAAGGAAUUUUUCAAAGCAGGAAUAUGCUGGAAAUAUGUAUAGAGCUAUGAAUGGUUAAGAGAAGAGAUAGUACCUCCUUUUCUUCCCCCAAAACUACGGGAUCAGAAAGGAAAAUAUACCCAUCUCAGAAUCUGUGAACCCACCUGACAUAAAUCAGAGAGAAAAGGCCGUGUAACUGCAUCUUGGCAGGAAGAAGCAGCAAGGAGCUAGACCCAUUUCAGGAUAUAUCUUGGCUCCCCUUCCCAAGUGGAAAUGGAAAAAUAAAACAAAAACCACCUUCCUCUCCCCUCCUUUUGUAAAUGAAAAGCCCCCAACCCAGUGAACCCUCCUAGUCACGGCAAAUGUACCUGUGUAGUACUUGGUGCGCCAUUACUCCGAUCAUGCAUUCAUUCUGCGUUUCAGCUCCCUCUCUGCGUCCAUUACUCCGAUCAUGCAUUCAUUCUGCGUUUCAGCUCCCUCUCUGCGUCCAUUACUCCGAUCAUGCAUUCAUUCUGCGUUUCAGCUCCCUCUCUGCGUCCAUUACUCCGAUCAUGCAUUCAUUCUGCGUUUCAGCUCCCUCUCUGCGUCCAUUACUCCGAUCAUGCAUUCAUUCUGCGUUUCAGCUCCCUCUCCGUCCAUUACUCCGAUCAUGCAUUCAUUCUGCGUUUCAGCUCCCUCUCUGCGUCCAUUACUCCGAUCAUGCAUUCAUUCUGCGUUUCAGCUCCCUCUCUGCGUCCAUUACUCCGAUCAUGCAUUCAUUCUGCGUUUCAGCUCCCUCUCUGCGUCCAUUACUCCGAUCAUGCAUUCAUUCUGCGUUUCAGCUCCCUCUCUGCGUCCAUUACUCCGAUCAUGCAUUCAUUCUGCGUUUCAGCUCCCUCUCUGCGUCAGGCACCAGUCUAGACCCUGACUGUGCCCUGUGCUCUUAGGUUUUAAAAAUAUCAUCAUCCAAGCCUUUCCUAGUCUCUUAAAACUCUACCAUGGUAGACGACUCAUGUUUGGCGCCCCUCCCCUUACUUGAGGCUGUAGUAGGACCCAGGAGAUGUACACUUGAAGCGAGUCUGAGCUGUAGCUCAGACUCAACCCUAUCAUAGGCCAGCUAAGCCUCAAAGCUGGUAUUACUCUUUUUUGGGCAGAGUGACAGGGAGGGAGGCACCGCAGGACGAGUGCUUGUGGGUUUGUGAGGCACCAAACACAAUCAGCAAACUCGUACAGCCAUGGAACUCGUCACCACGUUGUCACCUUCAUGUGGCUUCUUCUUGACUUUCCACAGCCAAGCUUUUUCUGAACUUUAGAAAUGUUGUUCCUGACCACGCAAGCUCUCAACAACCUAAUGCCUGUACGCGGUGUUUUUCAGUGAACUCCCUGUUCACGUCAAUAAAGUGUCUCUGAACCCUGCUG